AUGACCAUCGAGCCUGAAGCCCGGGAAGUGCGGGAGGUCCUCCAAAGCGUCGAGCCUCCCCAGGUGGACCCCAGUCGCUCCCACGAUCCCAGCAACAACAUGAAGCGAAGCGACCCCUUCCAAUUCGGAUCGCGAUUCCUCGAAAAGGGCGACGACGUCUUCGAAUUCAACGCCUGGGACCACGUCGAGCCAGACGACGAGUUCAAGGCCUUUGCACAGACACAAUAUGCCAAACAGCGCGAAACACGAGUAUCGGACUUUGAUCGCAACCGAUUUAACAACGACCCGGCGAAGUGGUGGAACCUUUUCUAUAAGAAUAACACAGACAACUUCUUCAAGGACCGCAAAUGGUUGCGUCAGGAGUUCCCUGUUCUCGCGGAGGUCACACAGAAGGAUGCUGGUCCCCAGGUUGUCCUGGAGGUUGGCGCUGGUGCUGGAAAUACUGCGUUCCCUUUGAUUUCCAACAACGAGAAUGAACAUCUCAAGGUUCAUGCCUGUGAUUUCUCCAAGUAUGCUGUCAAGGUCAUGCGCGAGAGCGAGCAUUACAAUGAGAACUUGAUGACCGCGGACGUCUGGGAUGUCGCUUCUGUGCCUACCGAGGAAGACAACGGCCUUCCUCCUGGUUUGACUGAGGGCUCAGUCGAUGUGGUCAUUCUCAUUUUCAUCUUCUCUGCUUUGGCUCCUACCCAGUGGGACCAAGCCAUUCGCAACAUCUACCGUGUACUGAAGCCCGGUGGCCGCGUGCUGUUCCGUGACUACGGCCGUGGUGAUCUCGCCCAAGUGCGCUUCAAGAAGGGCCGUUAUAUGGAGGAGAACUUCUAUGUUCGCGGUGAUGGCACUCGUGUCUACUUCUUCGACCAGGACCAGCUUGUUGAUAUGUGGAGUACCUGGUCCGCGGAGAAGGGCCUGCAGAUUCCUAUUUCUGCAGACAUUCUGGCAGGGGGCGCUGAGGGUGAAACACCAGAGCCUGCUGAGCAAUCAGAAGAAGCUAAGGAGGCUGCCAAGAAUAACGGAGCUUUCGAGGUCAAGCUAAUGGGAGCUGAUCGACGAUUGAUUGUCAACCGUCAGAGCAAGUUGAAGAUGUACCGCUGCUGGAUGCAGGGUCACUUUGUCAAGCGCGAUGGGUCUGCGGUUGAGACCAAUGAGGCUACCCAAUAA